CAGAUUUUUCUUCUUUUUUUUUUUUUUUUGAAGGAGAAGAAACACGUAGCCACCCCGGUACGUUUGUAAACGGAGUGACAUGGACUCUAGGAAGGAAAAAUGAAUCUCGAAUAGAUGUGUUGAUGAAGAGUGAUCUGCAGUAGACUAACUUUGGAUGGAGUGUGUGUUUCUUUCUGCAGCGCACAAACACAGCACAGAGGCACUGAGGGGGAUCGGAAUUUACCGGUGACAAGUCUGAGAGGAGGAAAAAAAAAAGGGAAAAAGAGGAGUUACAUGGAGAAACUUUUUUUAUUUUUUUAACCCUGCUUCAAUCACAAUCAACAUCUGAAGACUAAGUCGAUGAGAAGUACUUCCAGAAAGAGACAACCCAGACUUUUCAACCCUUUUUGCAGUUGUGCUUUAAACUUUUGAAGAACAGCUCCGACCAUGGCGAAAAAGUAUGAUUUCCUUUUCAAGCUGUUACUCAUCGGGGACAGCGGAGUUGGCAAAACAUGUCUGAUCAUUCGUUUUGCCGAGGACAAUUUCAACUCCACUUACAUUUCCACCAUCGGCAUCGACUUUAAAGUAAAAACCAUUGAAGUGGAUGGAAAGAAAGUGAAACUACAAGUCUGGGACACAGCAGGGCAGGAGAGGUUCAAGACCAUUACGACAGCCUACUACAGAGGAGCCAUGGGCAUCAUCCUGGUGUACGACAUCACAGACGAGAAGUCCUUCGAAAACAUUCAGAACUGGAUGAAGAGCAUCAAAGAAAAUGCAUCAGCUGGGGUCAGUCGAAUGCUACUAGGUAACAAGUGCGACAUUGAAGCAAAGCGGAAAGUUUCCAGGGAGACAGGAGAAAAGCUGGCAAAAGAUCACGGCAUCAGGUUCUUCGAGACGAGUGCAAAGUCCAGCAUUAAUGUGGAGGAGUCUUUUCUGUCUUUGGCACGAGACAUACUACAGAAAUCCGGCAAGAAGGCAGGCCCCACAGGUCGAGAGGUGAAAAUCACGAGCAGUACAGAGAAAAAAUCCUCCAAAUGUGUUCUUCUCUAGAUGGGACGCUGGCCAGCACACAUAGUAAAGGAGCAUAUACAUUUAAGAACACAUCAGUAUUACUGGGGAGAAAUACAGCACGGCAGGUUUUCUGUCUCCAUCUGGUGGGCUAAAAUGUCAAAUACAUACUUUUUAAAUUACCAAAAUUACCGGUAUUCUGGUACCUUUUUUCCCCCAAAAGCAUACUUUGCCAGAAAAAUAAUUUAUGUAUUUGAUAGAGGUGAUUGUGCCUUAAUUUCACACUGAACUUAAUCUGCCACACUUCCUGUGAUGGUGUUAUCAUGAAAAUGUUGCAAAGUGCUUGUAACCUCAAAACAGCAGUUCCCACCUUUUGUUAUAAGAUAUACAUUUGUAUUUCCGCCCUGUAUUUCUCUGGCUUAUCACUACAUUAUCAUCCCUACAACAGCACUGCUUAAUGUCCUUAAAGAACUUUACCUUGGUUUUUUAAAUCAUGUUUUGGACUGGGUAAAACACUUACACAGUUCAGUGGAACCAUUUCAUUGCUUUCUUAUGUGAGCACCGGCAGUAGUGUCUUUUUAGGAGCUCCGUGUUAGAGGAGAAGUUUGAUGGGAAGUGGUUUGAUUCACAUACAGUACACACACAGUAGGCUUCUGGUUAUAGUAUUUGACUCAGAUGUUUGUUAUUUCCUGUUCAUCUUGAAUUCAAGGGGCCACAGGCAUCUCACAGACUCUUUUAGAUGGUUUAAAUACUGGACAGUGUUACUAAAUUGAUUACUGAAUAAGUCCAAAAACAUGUUUGGUUACCAAUUUAUUUUUACUUUGGUCAGUUCACAUCAAUGGAACAGACAGUUGACAUCCCUUUCUUGCAGUGCCAUAUCAGAGACAGGGUACACAUUUUAUUUCCCCCUAUUUUAGUGGCAUAUAUUGCAGAGAUGUCACAAACUGAACAUUAAGCUUUUUAUUGGUUACAUUUAUGUUAAUGUUGUGCUUAUCCUUUGUGAAUUGAUGAAAAGUCUUAAUAUUGUACAGUAUUGUAAAGCAUUCAACAGAAUCUACAGAAACAGAUGCCACUGAUUAUUAAAGAGUCUAUUACGUGGACAUUUUGUGAGUACAUCCUAUGAGAAGUUGAAAACAUGCUCAUGCAAGUUGUUGAUGUUGGUUGUAUGAAGUUGAAUCUGAAACAAACACGGGUGAUAAACAAGCUUCGUUUUAACAGAUGAAUGGAUUGAGAAUGUGGAAGAUAGGAACAGAGAUAAGUGCAAUAUGAGAAGAUGGGUGGAGGGAUGAAACAAUGAUGGAUAAUGUAAGUGAAUGGACAGGAUGUGAGGGAAGCAGUGCUCACAUGCCCCUCAUUUUGAAUUGAUUUAGUGGGUCUUGCCUUUUAUCUGAAGUGCCUAAUGAAUUUCUUAGUAAACUAUCACACAUUAGCUACAUGUGACAUGUCUCCCUCUUCGGGCAAUUUCAGAUCAUUCAAAAUGACUCUGAUUAUAGGUGCUCAUCUCAUCCUGACAGACAUACUGUGUUUCCUGUAACUACUUUUUAAGCUUUUUUUUCACAUUCUGUGUCCUGUUAGACCUGCCACAAGACUUUGUAUGUAGUUAACAGACCUUCUGCUUGCUGAAUAAAACAUGAGUGUGAUGUA